AUGGCUCUUGGAGGAAAGUGGAUCCAGCUCGAACUUGUCCCAUCACCAAGGUGCUUUUACACCUGGAACAACAAACAAAGGGAUGAUAAAAGGGUCUAUAGUAGAAUAGAUAGGGUCCUAGUUAAUGGAGACUGGCUCACUACAUUACCGAGCUCUGAGGUUCACUUUGGGAAUGAAGGCCUUAUGGAUCACUGCCCAGCAAUGCUAAACUGGGAAGAUGGCACCCAAAGAACAAAACCAAGAUUCUACUACUUUAAUAUGUGGAGUCAAGCCUCGGAUUUUCAACAAAAAGUAAGGGAGAACUGGACGAAAAGAAUUGAUGGAACUAAAAUGUUCCAGCUGGUGGGCAAACUAAAUAGAUUGAAAGGUACCCUCCGAAGCAUAAACAAGAGACACUUCAAUGAGGUGGAAAUCAAGGCAGACAAAGCAAAAACAGAGCUGGAGGAAUGCCAAACUGCACUGCAGCAUAAUCCUACAAAUGCAGACUUAAUUCAAACGGAGAUACAGCUAGCGGAAACAUACCACAAAUUACAUCAAGCAAGGAUUCAAUUCCUCAAACAGAAAAGUAAGCUCCACUGGCUGACAGAAGGGGAUCUAAAUGCAGCGUUUUACCAUAAUAUGCUAAAAGUAAGAAGGAAUAAAAAUAGAGUGUUCAACAUAAGAGACAGCAGUGGGCUGAGUGUGACGGACCCUCCCGGGGUAGCUAAGGCAUUUCUAGACUUCUAUACUGCGCUAUUAGGUACUUCAAACGCUGAAAGAACUCAUGUGUGCAGUGCCACAGUUAAAAAAACUCGUCCUUGA